GAGUUAGGGCUCUUGGGCAUUAGGAAAUCUCAACUUUUAGGGUUCUUGGGUAGGAAGAAGGGGCGAGAAUGACCAAGGUCGUGGCCGGCGCGGGCGCCAAUCUCCUGUCCCAGCACGCCAAGGAGCACAACCAGGACGCGACCGCGUACGUGGGCAACCUGGAUCCCCAGGUAACCGAGGACAUCCUGUGGGAGCUCUUCACGCAGGUGGCUCGCGUCCAGAGCGUCUACAUCCCGCGCGACAAGAUUACCACCGCGCACUCGGGCUACGGCUUCGUGGAGCUGGCCAACGAGACGGCGGUGGACUACGCCGUCAAGAUCCUCAACAACUGCCGCCUCUACGGGCGGUGCAUCCGGAUGAGCAAGGCCUCGCACAAGGACGAGAACGUUGGCGCCAAUCUCUUCGUGGGCAACCUCAGCCGGACCGUGGACAACUAUCUCCUGGGAUCCAUCUUCAGCGGCUUCGGCCGCGUCGUCUACUCGAGCGUCGUCCACUCGGACGACCAGACGCGGCCCGGCUAUGGCUUCGUGCACUACGACUGCUUCGAGGCGUCGGACCUGGCCAUCGAGAGCAUGGACAAGCAGUUCAUCGAGAACCAGCAGGUGAGCGUGUCGUACGCGCGCAAGAAGGACAGCGGCGAGCUGCACGGGUCGCCCGCGGAGCGCGAGAUCGCCGCCAAGAACCCCGACCGGAAGCCGCACAUCAUCCCCAAGUUCCAGCCGCCGCUGCCGCCGCCCGAGGCCUCCGCCGCCACCGGGGGGUACUACCAUGGUUACGGUAGCGGGGUGCCGUACACGGUGAUGCCGCCGCCGCCCCCCCAGCAGCACGACUGGUCGCACCACCACCACCACGCGCAGGCGGCGCCGCCCGCGCCGGCGGUGGUAGCGGCGCCGCCACCGCCGCAGGGGCAGUGGUUCCCGUCGCCGGGGGCGCCGCCACCGCACCAGGCGUGGAUGCCACCACCUCCUCCGCGGAUGUAAGGUAGCCACUUUUUUUCUUUUCUUAGAGUUGUGGAAGCUCUAGCAGAGCUUUUGAUGAAAGAGUGUAUGCUAUAAGUUUUGUCCAGGAAUCUAUCUCCAAGAGCUCGAGAGUUACAAAGUU